AGUGUGAUUAUGUGACGGAACUUCUCCAACUUUGCACCAAAUGACAAUUUCUCUGGGAUUGUGGCAAGUGCGUAAUUUAGUUUUCGUCUUAAGUUUUCGUCCUGUAAAAAGUGGAUAUGAAUAACACGGGCUUUAACCAAACGGACGUCGGUCUGUUCAACAAAACAGAAGAGAUUUUCUGCUGUAACUUUUCCUCUGUGGUGACUGACAAUGGCUUUGUGGCGACCGCCCCGGAUGAGAGAAGCCUUUUCAUCAUGCGCGUGGUCCAGAUCGCCGUCAUGUGCGUACUCUCUCUGACCGUGGUUUUUGGCAUUUUCUUUCUGGGUUGCAACCUCCUCAUAAAGUCUGAAGGGAUGAUAAACUUUCUGGUGACGGACAGGAGACCGUCCAAAGAGGCGGAGGCGGUGAUAGUCGGAGCGUACUGAUGGACACGGACCUUUACGCACUUGUCCAGUUGGAUGGAGACUGGAGCGGUGGCAGAUAAACCCACUUUGCGCUGCGUAAAGACAGUUGUGU